GGUGUGAGUGUGUACUACGUCACGGACUAUGUCAACAAUCGACGAACGCGAAGCUUACAAAAAUAAUCCCUAUUUUACUGGACACAUUUAUGGAAAUUUCUCACCGUUUUAUGUUACAAUAGCAGUCUGUACCGUUCUUCUAAGUGCAAUCAUUUUAAUUAAUGUAAUACUGGGUUGCUGUUCAAAGCAUCGUAAAUAUUGGCAGGAUAGACACACGGGCAAUCGUUGGCUAGUAUCAAUUUGGUCGGCAACGCCACAUAAGCAACCACCAUUGGAUUUAACUGAAUUGAAAGACGCAUCAUAUUUCCAGAAGUUGCAGCCUGCUCAGCGUAUUUUCCCCGAAGAUAUUGAAGCUCAAGGAGAAGAAGUACCAAUACAACAAUAUCAACAGCAACAACACCAAAGUCGACCCCCACGUCCUGAAGGUCGAGGUUUUCACCAACAGCAAAGACAUCGUGAAGAGUACGUUGAGUUACAAACGAAACGUGAAAGCGAUAUAUAAAUUUGAAA